AUGACCAAUAACAAGGCAGAGUACAAAGCUUUAAUAACGGGGCUAGAUCUCGCAAAAGCGACAAGAGCUGCAAUUAUGGUCAUGUAUUGCGAUUCCCAAGUAGUGACUAGUCAAGUUAAUGGCGACUAUAACCGCAAGAACGAACAGAUGAAGAGGUACAUUGAGCAAGUGAAGAAUCGCGUAAGCGACCUCCAAGCGAAAUUUGUUCAAAUACCAAGGGAAGAGAACGAGAACGCCAACCGUCUUGCUAAAGUUGCAUCAGCAGAGCAUAUGCUCAUCCCCAAUAAGCUAUUGUACUAUACUACGGCUAGAGGAGAGAGAAGGCACACCAAUGUCAAGGUAGUGGGAUGGAGGGCAGCUCUGCUGCAACGUGGGGAGCAAGUCAUUGACAAGGAAAGGGACAUCAAGGAGGCCAGGAGUGAUGCACGUGUCCUUAGUAAUGGUCCAGCACAAGCUCAUCCAAUAAGGGGUGUUCUAUAG